AAUCCUUGUUAAAAUCUAAGGCCAAACAGUAUCUCAAAUUUUGUUUUGUUCAGUCUUGGAGCAUCUCGAUUCUCUGUGACCGUCAUCGUUCUCUGGUUGCGGUGGUUCUCACCGCAUACACUUGCAGCGAUAUUCCUCUGCUACUCUUACUCAAACCCUAAACGCCAACACUCUCCAUUGUGUAGCAACACAAGCACUCUGUUCUUUCGUAUCUUUUCGUCUGCGGCCUAGCCACAGCUUCUACCCUACCCUGACUGACCAGUGACGAUAUAUGGCAUUGCCACCCUCUGCCCUGCUGUGACGGUCUUCCAAAGGAGCAGUGAUAUUGGAAGAGUGCUUAAACAUGUCUGCUUCUCUCUCACAAACAGAAGAACAAGUGUCAAUCCCCAGAGGGCCAACACUGUGUGAAGAAUGUAAAUGUAACCCAUGGAAGUACAAGUGCCCUGGUUGCUCCUUACACUCAUGCAGUCUUCCUUGUGUCAAAUCUCACAAAGUGCGUACUGGCUGUGCUGGAAAGAGGAAUCAGACUCAGUUCAUUCCUCUUUCUCAGUUUGAUGACAAUCUCUUAUUAUCUGACUAUAAUUUGCUUGAGGAGGUGAAGAGGGUGGCUGAAUCUGCUCAGAGAAUGAGAGAUAAAUUGGGCAUGUAUGCAUAUUUCAAGCUACCGCAUCAACUUAAAAGCCUUCGAAGUGCUGCUGGGAGCCGGAGAACCAAAGUACUGUUUCUCCCUAAUGGAAUGUCAAAAAGAGAGAAGAAUCAGUCUCGAUAUGACCAAAGGCAGAAGUUUAUAUCUUGGACGAUUGAAUGGCGUUUUCAUUCAACAGACAUUGUUCUACAUGACCAUGGAGUCAGUGAAAAUACAGGCUUUUACUCCAUUCUACAGAAGCACCUCAAACCUGGUCCUUGGAAUCAUCAGCUAAGGCAAUUUUGUGAAGACCAUCUAGAUAGUCUCAAGCUUUUCAUUCGCAAAUAUCCAAAGGGUCCUAGAUCACCCUUCAAAGAGUUAGAUAUGAAAGCACCUAUCAGACAACAAUUAGCAAAUAUAGUCAUUCUGGAGUUUCCUGUUAUUUUUGUUUUUUUGCCUUCCCACAAAAUCAAUUUUGAAGUUAUCAAGGAUGUCAACACCAAUGUACAUAAAUCACUACAGAAAGAUAGUGAAGGGAACCAAAGCCCGAAAGGUGUAUCGUUUAGGGAGGUGACGAUAGAAGACGAUGACUCAGUAGAUUCUAAGGUUUUUGAUCUCAUGAAGCCUGUGGAAUCAAGUUCAUCACAUCAAGUGCUUACACAAAACACGAGUUCUAAAAAAGCACCAAAUGAUUCCUCAGAUAUAUCUCUAUUUGAAGGAGACACUGGGAAUCUCUCACAUUCUUUGACGGAAAUCAAGGAACUAGAAUUCUCUGAAAAUAUGGCAUUUGACUUCGAUCAAGAUUUUAUGGAUAUCUAUGGCGGUCUUUUGGAUCAAACAAACCCCAGUGACUUUUUUUAUUUUGAUAGUGUAUUUGCCAAGAAAACAGAAAAUGACAUAGAGUUACUUGGUUCCGAUGGAGUGUUCCCUUUGCCAGCUGAAUUGGAGGAAGGGGAAAUUCCAGAAUAAUUGGUAGCUAUAGUUCACUUCUGUUGAAAAAUUGGACAGAAAUGAUAGAACAUUGACAACACGAAUUAUAUUGUAUGUUUUGAGGUUGAGGUCCAUUGCUUCCAAGAAUGAUUUGGAGUUGAGUUUCCAAUUGUGUGGACAUGAUUGAAAAGUCAAUGCUUUCGUUUAUAUUGAGCAUGACACAGAUUUCAGAUAGCUUUGUGAUGAUUGUCCUCGUAAGGAAUGGCCGGGAUUUUCAGUUUUGAUGCAUUAAUCACUCCCUAAAUCCUUUCUGUAAAGGUAAGCUUCAACUCUGCAUGAUAAUUGAAGGAGAGCACAAAAGCUUUGGGGUAUACUGGUAUUGGGUACUGAUCAUUUAAGAUUAAGUUUUGAUGUUGGAUUUUACUUUUGUUUGUUAAUCUACUUUUAAGGGUGAACUGAUUUCAAAUUAAUAGAUAUAUUUUCUUUCCAAGCUUUGUAUUUUCCUAUUUGGCUGUCUUCCUUUGCUUUU